AUGCUGCCUCGCACCCUCUAUGCCGCCAAAUCGUCACCUUGCCUUCCCAUCUCCACAACGCCACCACAACACCGACUCGCCGUAGCGCUAUGUCAUCGCCGCCACAUAGGAGCCUCGCUGCCACGUCGUCACCUCGCCGAUGUAAACCCCAGAUCGCCGCAUAAACGCCCCCUCGCUUAUGCAGUCGCCGCCACAUCGUCGCAUCGCCGCCUCGUCGCGCCGCUUCCGCAUCGCCGCAACAUCGCCGCAUCGCCGCCACAUCGCCGCAUCGCUGCCACAUCGCCGCAUCGCUGCCACAUCGCCGCAUCGCUGCCACAUCGUUGCAUCAUCCCUACUACUUGCUCUCGGUUUCUCCCCUUGCAUGCCCUCAUUUCCUCCCUUGCUUCCGCCCAUUUCCCCCCUGCUUCCCCCCAUUUCCCCCCUCCUUCCCCCCAUUUUCCCCUUGCUUCCCCUCAUUUCCCCCCUGCUUCCCAACGUUACUUCCCCUCUUUCCCCCCCUUCUUCCCCUCAUUUCUCCCCCUCUUUUCCCGCCCUGCUUCCCAUCUCCCUCAUCCCUUCCCUCCCUCUCUCAGCCCUUACAGUUGUCCUCUGUUCCCGUUAUCUUCCUCUCUCCCAUCUGCCCUCCUCUUUCCCCACCGUCUCUACUCUACCCCCUGUCCUCAUCUCUCGUCACGUGCUCCCCUCUCUCCUCCCGUCCAUCCCUCUCUCAUCCUGUCCACCCCUCUGUCCUCCCGUCCAUCCCUCUCUCAUCCCUUCCACCCCUCCCUCAUCCCGUCCACCCUUUACCAUCCCUUCCUCCCAUCUCUCAUGUUUUCCUCCUCUCUCUCAUCCCAUCCACCCCUCUAUCAUCCCUUCCUCCCAUCGUUCAUCUUUUCCUCCUCUCUCUCCUCCCGUCCUCCCUUGUAUCACCCAUUCCUCACACCUCUCAUCCUUUCCUCCCCUCUCUCAGCUCUUUCGUUCCUCUCUCGUCCUUUUUCAACCCAGCUAUUGUCUUCAACAGGCAUGUAA